ACUUUCCCUAACCUCUCUUUCCCCAAAAUUAAAACCCUUUUAUUCUGAGAGUGUUUUGCUUCUUUCAUUGGCGACAAUGCAGUCGACGGUGUUCUCAGCAACCUCUCCAUUUGUCCCAUCUCACACUCUCAGAUCUCAUCGUUCUUCUCCCUCAUUACCUCUUAGAGUCAGAGCCUCCAACGCCUCCUCCGUCUCUGUCGAGUCUCCGCCGGAGACGAAGCUGAACAAGUACAGUUCCCGAAUCACGGAGCCCAAGUCUCAGGGAGCAUCUCAGGCCAUUCUCUAUGGCGUGGGACUCUCCGAAGAGGACAUGGCGAAGCCGCAGGUGGGUGUGUCGUCGGUGUGGUACGAGGGGAACACCUGCAACAUGCACCUCCUCCGUCUCUCCGACGCCGUCAAGGAAGGUGUGGCCCAAGCCGGCAUGAUCCCCUUCCGCUUCAACACCAUCGGAGUGAGCGAUGCCAUAUCUAUGGGCACUAGAGGCAUGUGCUACAGCUUGCAGUCUAGGGACCUCAUUGCUGAUAGCAUCGAGACCGUUAUGGCUGCUCAGUGGUACGAUGCCAACAUCUCAAUCCCUGGUUGCGACAAAAAUAUGCCAGGUACCAUCAUCGCUAUGGGCAGACUCAACAGACCCAGUAUUAUGAUUUAUGGUGGGACUAUAAAGCCUGGUCAUUUUCAGGGUAAUACGUUUGACAUAGUGUCUGCCUUUCAGUGCUACGGAGAAUAUGUGAGUGGAUCAAUCAGUGAUGACCACAGGCAAAAUGUUAUUCGCAACUCUUGCCCUGGUGCUGGGGCCUGUGGUGGAAUGUAUACAGCCAAUACCAUGGCUUCUGCAAUAGAAGCUAUGGGAAUGUCUCUUCCCUAUAGCUCAUCUACUCCUGCUGAGGAUCCGCUAAAGUUGGAUGAGUGUCGUUUAGCUGGGAAAUAUAUUCUUGAGUUACUGAAGAUGGACUUGAAGCCCCGCGAUAUCAUCACUCGUAAAUCGUUACGUAAUGCAAUGGUUUUAGUGAUGGCACUUGGUGGAUCUACCAAUGCUGUGUUACAUUUGAUUGCUAUUGCCAAGUCUGUUGGCAUUGAUUUGACUCUUGAUGAUUUUCAAAAGGUUAGCGAUGAGGUUCCUUUUCUUGCAGAUCUUAAGCCUAGUGGGAAAUAUGUCAUGGAAGAUGUUCACAAGAUUGGAGGGACCCCUGCAGUUAUCCGCUACCUUCUUGAGCAAGGCUUUUUAGAUGGUGAUUGUAUAACUGUCACCGGAAAGACCCUAGCUGAAAAUGCAAAACUUACUCCUCCUUUGGCCAAAGGGCAGGAAAUAAUAAGGCCUAUAGAAAAUCCCAUCAAGAAGACAGCUCAUAUUCAAAUAUUAUAUGGGAACCUUGCACCGCAGGGUUCUGUUGCUAAAAUUACUGGAAAAGAAGGGCUGUACUUUUCUGGUCCUGCACUUGUGUUUGAAGGAGAGGAGGCAAUGAUUGCUGCCAUUUCAGAGGAUCCUUCGAGUUUUAAGGGGAAAGUGGUUGUAAUUAGGGGAGAGGGACCCAAGGGUGGUCCAGGCAUGCCUGAAAUGUUAACACCAACAAGUGCAAUCAUGGGUGCAGGGCUCGGAAAGGAAGUUGCAUUAUUGACUGAUGGACGAUUUUCAGGAGGUUCACAUGGAUUCGUGGUUGGCCACGUAUGCCCUGAAGCACAGGAAGGUGGUCCAAUUGGCUUGAUUCAAAAUGGAGACGUUAUCAAUAUUGAUGUCCAGAAGAGGAGAAUUGAUGUUUUGGUAGCAGAUGAGGAAAUGGAGGCACGGAGGAAAAAGUGGACUGCUCCUCCAUACAAAGCUAACCAAGGAUCUCUGUACAAGUACAUUAAAAAUGUGAAACCUGCUUCUAGCGGAUGUGUGACAGACGAGUAGAAAGGACAUACUUCUUGGAGAGCAAAACUUUAUUGUAUGCCUUAGUAGCAGUUUUAGAUGAGGUAUUGCGAUUUUGGCUUAAGCGGUGCGUGCUCUUGUAGCUCGAUGUAUCUAUCUCUUGUUCUAUUAGUGUUAUUUUUUACUAUAUUGUUUUAGACUUGAAUCUCACCGCUUCUCUUUUCUUUUGCUGCGUUUGAUCUUCAGGGUUUUUUUUAGUCAUUAAAUUUUGUAACAUUUAGUGGUGAAACGUUAGAUUGAUUCCUUGGCAAAAAUUCACAUGUGCUUGGCAAAAC